UGGAUUACAUCACGCGUGGUUUUUGCGCCGCUAACGAUCGCGGCGCUAUUCGACCGACCGCCUAGGCCUACCGUACCGGCGCGGUACGUCGUAACGCGUGGUGUGUGAUCGCCUGUCAGCGCAAUGCAGAAAUUAACCGAAUGACAAGAACAUACUCUUCUUUAUUAAUAUUCAAAAAUAGGGGCAAGCAGCGUGGUUGAAAAUGUCUUACUGUAGACAGGAAGGAAAAGACAGGGUCAUAUUUUUGACCAAAGAGGAUCAAGAUGAGCCAAUUCAAACGAAGAGUGUGAAAGAUCUGGUCAAUGAGGAAGAUGACGAAGAAGGAGAAGGUCUUAUCCUUCCAAACGGUGACAUCAAUUGGAACUGCCCAUGCUUAGGGGGCAUGGCCAGCGGGCCCUGUGGGGUGGAAUUCCGCGAGGCAUUCUCCUGUUUCCAUUACAGCGAGGCCGACCCUAAAGGAUCAGACUGCAUUGACAGCUUCCGCACCAUGCAGGAGUGCAUGGUGCAGUACCCAGAGCUGUACCCUGUCGGUGAGGACAAGGAGAGGGAGAUGGUGAAAGAGGCAGAGGAGGCGGGCCAAGAUACGGCCGAAGAUGGAGUCCACCACAUCAGUGAAAGUAAAGAAGUAGCGGCUCCAUCGGAUUUGGACAGAGAUUCUAAUGCCAAUGUAACAAGUGCUGUCCUGAACAAUGAAGAUGUGGUUGUCCAGGCAACCACGGGAGCAUCCUCAGAAGGUAGUCAAGAUGCAGUCUAUGUGAAGGGAGAAAGCAAAUCUUGAUGUUUGUUUAUCUUCCUAGAAAGACACUGUGAUAAUGUUGGAUUUAAAAAAGUGUUUUAUAAUCGUUGAAACAUUGGGAACAAGACUAAUCAUUUUUAGUGAUUUUUUUUAACACACGUACUGACCUUUUCCCUGUUCUUUUUCACAAAUGCUUUAAAUGUUGUAUAACUGUAAUGCAUUUCUGCAUUUGAAUAUGAGAUUUUUGUGAUGACCCUACGACUUGACAAUGAUCAACUUGUGUGUAUUCAAGAUUGCUUCAGAUAAGGUGACUUUGUACCUUAUCACUUAAGACAAAUUGUGAAUGUAUUUAUGAGGUUGGCAUUAUAUCCACAUUUUAGAGUCACUAGUGAGACUCUCUUAUUGCCUGGUUCAGGACAGAUUUCCCUACUGCAUUGUAUUUCUGUUCUUUAGGCUUUUUUACAUAGCUCAGUGAGAAAAGUGUGUUUUUGUUCAAAUAAUUAUAACUUUCUGUCUUGAUUAUUUUACAGUUGUUAAUUGUGAAUGUGCUUCGAUCAAAUACAUCUUUCCCCAGAUAACUCAAA